CACCAUUGCUGUGAAUUUCCACCAAUCGUCAUCGUAACCUGCCGUGCUUAAGACUCCAAGUGAAAUGCAUCGAACCCAAGCUUCCAGUUCGUUUAACUUCUCACCAGUCUACCGGCAACUCUCCGCAUCAGCGCGCCCAUAACCAUCCCCUUCCCUUUCGAAUUAUCCCCCCCCAAAAAAAAAAAAAAAAAAAAAAAAAAAAAAAAAAAAGAAAGAAAAGAAAAGAAAGAGAAAAGAAAAAAGAAAAAGGACCUCACGAACCAUGGCAGCCACCCUCCUCAACUCGCUCAAGCAAGCCAACUUGCUGCCCUCCAAAGUCAUCCCCGCAGACUUCGUCCCGGCCGUCGCACUCGACGUGCGCUAUCCCACCAAGCACAUCUCCAACGGCACGCUCGUGCGCGUCAGCGAGGUCGGCGACGUCCCCAGCAUCUCCGUCUCCCCCAUCCCCACCGCCGACGCCGCCGCAACCGCACCGCCUUCGCCCGCGUCCCCGAAAUCGAAAUUCACCUUCAUGCUGAUCGACCCGGACGCGCCGACGCCCGACGACCCAAAGUUCGGCUACUGGCGCCACUGGGUCGUGACGAACAUCGACAUCGAUCUCGACGCGGCCGGGGAGGGAACGAGUGUGCUCGACCGGGGCAGGACGCUGACGCGGUAUCUGGCGCCGGGCCCCAGGGACGAGUCCGGGCCGCACCGGUACCUGUUUCUGCUGUUUCGCGAGCCGGAGGCGGGGUUGCGGUUGGAGCAGAGCGAUGUCGGCGGGGAGGCGUUCGUCGAGAGGAGGAGCUUUCGGGCGGAGGAGUUUGUGGAGCGGCAUGGCUUGCGGUUGGUGGGGGUGCAGUGGAUGAGGGGGGUGGGAGACGGGUGGAAGGGGGAGGAGUAGGACGCGGUGCUAUCGCGAGCGCCUGUCUGUCGAUCUCAACUUCGGGACUGGGCUAGAUACACAUUCAUGAAGAAAAAAUAGUGCCCCCUUCGCUAAAGUAAAUUAAAGAUGGUAACGAUACCUAAUCAAUAAAAAUCCAAAAUCCUGUCCCCCCCCGGCCUACCAGUGCCAGAAGGGCGUGAACCGGGCGGCCGCCGCACGGCUGGACGACAAGGAGGCCACCUUGCCGGCCGACGACGCAUUCGCCGGUGUCUCUGUCAAAGUCGGCGCCGUCGUGGUGGGGCCAGCACUUUCCUCGAAAGCGGUGGAGCUAGGAGACUCGGCCGAUGAUGACGGCUCAUCCUCGUCGCAAACGCCGUCAGUGGCCGUUACGACGGUGUACACCGUCUUGCAUCCGACCACGUUGCAUCCCUGGUCGCAGGGGAACGAGCGGUACACGGUGGGCGCCGCGGUCGGGCAGCCGUCGCAGCCGGCGGUGAUGG